AUGAGCAUUGUUCGGUUGGCGCGGUUCGCGCGGGAUGGGUUGCAGCAGACGCAGGACCGUAUCCAAGCGGGUGUGCGAGAGUUGCCAGACAAGGUCGAGGCGUUGGGUGACCGAAUUUUGAACAAGAUCACGAACCUGCCGUUAGUCAACCGUUUUACACAGCCGGAUGAGGAGGAGGAGGCGCUCGCACUCAGUCGGGAAAGUCUUUCGCAGAUUCCAGCCGACCUUCACAACUCGCUUGACUGGGCUAACGCUUACAUCCAGGUCCCGCUCAAGAAGAAUGUCACACCGCCUGAAAGCCGCGCCUCUAGUCCCGGAGCCUCCAGCCGCCGCUACUCCGGCGAAUUCGUCGACGAAACCGCCGCUGCUGCUGAUUACGCACUCGGUACGCGCUAUGUACCCGAGUACCAAGUCCGCCACGAGAUGCAACCCACCGCCGAACAACUUGACGACGACGACGACGGUGACUACGCGGACGACCCGGGCGCGGAAUUGGACCAACCUCAACAGGUGCCCCACCGCGCCAACACCUACCAGGUCGGCAACUUCCAGAGCUUCCAGGGACCGGGACCGGCUCAGAGCUUCCAGGGACAGGACAGACCAAAGCCGCUGAACUCCGCGGGCGGCAUUGUGCUCUCCCACAUCACACGCCGGCAGCCGCAGAACGGCGGGCAGUCCGCGCGCCAGAUCCAGUCUGCGCGCGGCCCGCCGAUGAACCGCGACCUGUCGCAGCUGCUUAGUCCGGCGGCGCACCCCGCCGGUCCGCAGCCGGGUACUCUGCGCCAACCGGGUACUCAGAGACAGCCCGCGUCUACCGGGUACUCAGCGGCAACCUUCGGCGCAGCGGCCGCCGUCUGUGCAGCCCUCGGCGCGGAAUAA